AUGAAAAAUCUUACCGAACAUCCAUCUUCAUCGCCUCUUCAACCUAUUGAUUGUACAAAAACGGCUUCAUCAAUCACCAUCGAUGCUUCAUCAACCUCAGCUGAACAAAUGGAAACAAACUUUGCCAAUCCCAAUAAUACAGAAAAUGAAACUGCUUCCAAUGAUGAUGGAUUUAUUGACAAUCAUGAACAUAUUCUUUGUCAUCAACAACUUGAUUCAAAUAUGAGAAGUGAUGAGAAAGACGAAAAUGGGAUCAUUGCCAAUUUGUUAUAA